UCUCGGCUCCACCCUUUGCCACGUCACCACUCAUCGGAUAGCGCGCUUCCUGCCUCGCCGAUCGCCGUGCACUCGGAAUGGCGCUGCGGCCGCUGCUCCACCACCUCCUCCUCUCGUCGCCUCCCCACCGGCGCCCCAACCUACCGCCGUCACCGCCUCCCUCCUCCUCCUCUGCCACCACUCGCCGCAGCGCCGCCGCCGCGCUCCUCCUCCUCGCCGCGGCCGCGGCCGCUCCGCCUCCGCGGCCCGCCCGCGCCGCCGACGAGCCCGGCGGCGAGGACGUCGACGAGUCCCGCGUCGUACGCCUGUUCCAGGAGGCGUCGCCGUCGGUGGUGUUCAUCAAGGACCUCGUCGUCGCGGAGCCGCAGGGGCGGGGAGGUGGCCGGGAUGAGGAGGUUGACGAGGAGGAGGGCGGCGCCAAGGUGGAGGGGACCGGGUCCGGGUUCGUGUGGGACUCCGCGGGCCACAUUGUAACAAAUUACCAUGUGGUUGCAAAACUAGCUGGGGAUGGAUCUGUGUCUCAUUACUGCAAGGUGUUCUUGGAGGAUUCUAGUGGUAAAAGUUACUCAAAGGAAGGGAGGCUAAUAGGAUGUGAUCCAGCAUAUGAUCUUGCUGUACUGAAGGUUGAUGUUGACAGUGACAAGUUGAGGCCUGCUCUGAUUGGCACAUCACGGGGUUUGCGAGUUGGGCAAAGUUGUUUUGCCAUUGGGAACCCUUAUGGUUAUGAACACACACUAACUACUGGGGUGGUUAGCGGAUUAGGGAGGGAGAUACCAUCUCCCAGUGGGAGAGCAAUUCGUGGGGCUAUACAGACAGAUGCUGCUAUAAAUGCCGGUAACUCAGGAGGUCCACUUAUUGACUCUUAUGGCCAUGUAAUUGGUGUUAAUACAGCUACAUUCACACGUAAAGGAUCUGGGAUCUCAUCCGGUGUGAACUUUGCCAUCCCCAUCGACACCGUCGUACAGUCGGUCCCCAACCUAAUUGUAUACGGGACCUCUGUGAGCAACAGGUUUUAACCGAUCUGUCGUCCAUUGUCCACUUCAAUUCAUGCUCACUGUUACGCUCACUAUUCGCCAUCGUACUUGGCGUCUGUAUCACUGGAUGGUGUAAAGAAGUUUGCAUGAUCUUGGAUGCGCUGAACUUAGAUGGUACAUACGACGGCAUUAUCCGCUGCCAAAGUUA